UCAAAACGUAAACAUUAUCCAGAAGAGAAACGAAACUCGGAGAUCUGCUGUCCAUAUUGGACUGUAGAUACUCAAUAAUUUUCAUUUAUGAGGUACAGCGAAUAAUGGUGUGUGAACAGCUUGUCUGAUAUCUGAAGCAAGAUGAACGUUGCGAUACGCAAGUGGUACGCAUCGUACUACGUGAGCCCACUACGGAAGUGGGUGUAUGGGCAGUUCUCCGUGUUCGCUGAUGGAGUGGCAUUUCAUGAUGAGUCAAAGAAACCAGUUCUUACAGGUGACCUAGUGAUAAAGUUUUCCAAGAUUGCUUUGAUGAAGAAAGCUUCAUCCUCCUUCAUUUUUGGUGCGAUAACUAUCGUGGACAGUAAAGGACACACACACUGGUUUUCUUCCUUCCAGGACCGGUCAUCCGUCUUUUCGGCAAUAAAUCAUUUUUUCCUGAGCGCUGCCACUCUGUCAGAGUCUUCCAAGGUCAAAAGCAUCCCAGAAGGUCAAAGGACGAAACUUGGGACCAAUCUUCUGAGGAUCGCCACAGACUCCGAACAGACCCUGCAACAUGCAGCCACUCGGCUUUCCCAACAAGGGGAACAGAUUGACAGCUCCAUAUCAACCAUGGAUGACCUGCAUAAUGACCUUGAUGUUGUAGCCAAUGUUGUCUCUGGCCUCGAGGCUUGGCUUGGACGAUGGCAGAUGCCGAAGAAAUAUAUCCAUGUUGAUCCGAUCAUCCUAAAGGACAAUGAUGUCCCACAGGUAUUUGACUAUGAAAUGUUGUAUUCAGUGAUUGACAGUAAAAAAUUUCAUUCUCAGAAGGAUGGAGUGAUACGAAUAUCUGCUGAUGGCGUCACAAUCCUCAAUCUCACACAGAAGAUCAUUAAGCAUUUCACUUGGUCGAUGAUAUCAACUAUAAGAGUUGCCAGCCCUUGGGAGAUGGUUGUCACACAGAAUUUCAUCGGGUCUUCUGAUCUGAGCUAUGCCAUUGUCUGCGCAAACCUGAUCCACAUUUUAAGGAAGAUAGAGUUAUUUGGCCCUGGCAGACGGAAACUUGAUUAUGAUGUGACUGUACAGCAUCGUCUUCAACAAUAUGACACCUCUGCGGCAUCCAGGAGUGUGUCAACAUCAUCAGUAACAGUGUCAGACAAGACAUCCGACAAGACCACCGUUAACGCUAAAUCAAACAGCACAAGCAGGAAGUAUGAUUUGUCUGGACUAGUGGAUGACGUGGAUGUCCAGAACGACGGCCAAACACAGGCCUCCAUGUACAAGGAGGUGAUCAGUGACCAGGAGGUUGACCAACUGACCGCAACCUUGAGCAAUCUCAAAUCGAUGGCUCUGGCCGUCCAACACGAGGAGGAUAUUCAGAAUGAGAAGCUGGACGUUCUGACGGAUUCCGUAGACAGGGCCAAUGAUCGAUUAGCUGCUACCACAAAGAGGACCAACAGACUCCUGUGAAUCAGAUGUAUGGGUCGGAUGUUGAGGAUACAGAUUGACACUGACGUUUUCUUGGUGUUUUAUAUUCUGUAAGGUGAUGGUUAAAGGUGAAGGUCAUUGUGUUGAACUGAGUGCUGGUUAGUGAUAGAUUUGAACAUAAAUCAUCUAAUAUUUAUGUAUAUGUUGACAUUGGUGAAUUGAAUUUACAUCUAAUCAGCACAACAUCAUGGGUUCCCGGGGAUCUGAUGGGUAUGAUGACAAAGAUGUUAUUUCAUAUGUUUGCUGUGUCCGUAAAGAUUAUGAAUGUUGCUUUGAAAAGGAAAUUGUUGACAAAAUUCUGAAUGUUGUCUUACAAAUGGUCCUUAUGACAAGUAGGGUAUUUAUACAUGGGACUUGCAAAAAAAAUACUUCCAUUCCAAGACAGGAUUUUGUUAUGCCCCCACCAUAUAUGGCUGGGGGCAUAUAGGGUUACCCUCGGUGUCUGUCCGUCCGUACGAAACAGGGAAUGUAUUCUAUCCACUUCUCCACCAUAACCGCUCUGUGGAAUUCAA